UCUUGAAGAGCUGGAUUUUCGUUGGAGAUUCUCUGUCUGAAGUGCCAAUUCCCUCGAGGAGUCCUGGUUUGAAGAGCUCCACAGAGGUUUGCAGAUAUGACGGUGAUCUACUAGAUCCGAUGUAUGAGGGAAGAUCUCAUAAAUCUGCAGUUGAGUUCCUUUGGGUUGGAGGCCAACAAUUGGACCCUUUUGUUAUUACAUCUACAGAGAUAGCAAAGGAAAAAUUUCCUGGAUUCCCGGAGAAAGUACUGACUUGGUGGGAAAUGAAUAUGCUUGGGUAUCUGAACAAGUAUGAGAACCCCAACAGGCUUCUGAACAUUUUUGAUAUCGUGGCAGCUCUCCGAGCCUUCAAGCAGUCUGCACCCAAGUAUGUAGAGCAUAUCCUGCUGAAAUGGCUGGCAUCUUGCUUAGGAUUCAAGAGUGAAAUAUCUCGUGAAUUAUUAUCUGAAGAACUUCUACCCACGCUCUCAUCCCGUCAGUUGCACCUCAUAAACAUAAUCAGCAGGCAAGUGGUGCUUAAAGAAUUCAUAACAGAGAACGUGAGUGGCAAAGAGCAUGUAUUAGAAGGCUUGAGUGGUGACAAGAAAGAAGAAAUAAAUUUUUGGAUGGACUUACUACUUAGCUGUGAAAAAGAACUCUUGUUGAGGCUUGUCAGUAUUAGUAUUUCUGCCAUAACCCCACCAUCCAAUUCAGCAGAAGAAUUUUCCAGAGUUGGAGGUGAUGGAUUGCCAUAGAUGAAGUAGUGGCUUUUGCAAUAUGUUAAAGACGAUUACAAAUUCCUUGCAGCAGAAAUUAGAGAGGUUAAGAAGAGGAAACUAGAGGAAACAUCAGAACACGAAGUGCAUGAGCGCUGCCACUUCUGCACAGGCAUUGUGCCAUUCGAAUCAACCGAGUACGCAAAUUGCUCCGGAGCAAUAGACAAAAAUGGGGUUUAUCGAACGCACAAGCUUCAAAGGUGUGCAGUUACUCUCUAGAUUCUACCAACUAAGCCCUCCUAGUAUUGUAUUGUUGCCAUAGACGAUCUUCAAAGAUGGUGCCCAGCCUUUUGUUCGCCAUGCCCAGGUAUCCUUCGGAUUUCAAGUCUUUCUUAGAGUCGUCCACCCACAAGCAUACCUCUACACCAUGCUGUCCCUUCUGUGGCAUACUUCUAUAUAGAUCGCAACCUCAAUAUUUUCUGUCACCUUCCCCAGUUUAAACCAGAGUCUUCCUAUCUUCCAAUUGCAAUGCUUUGGUUAUAGAAGUAUGGUGUUGAUUUAUGGAAAAUGAAAGCAUUGAUGGGAUCAAAGUUGAGAAUAUGCUGCUAAUGUCACAUUCAUAGGUUGUGAAAGUCAUGGAAGAUACAGUUGAAUACAUUAUGUACAGUAUGCUGACAUUAAUGAUUAGUUAAUUAUGAUUACUGCAAGGAAAAAAAUGUUGCAUUU